UAUUUCAUAUUUUUAUUUCACACGUCGCUUCAAUGGAUUGUGGUCGUUAAUUCGUGUUUUCCGUAAUUUUUUGCGGAAAUAUUCCUGUGAAUAGUUUCUAUUUUCCUAAAUAGAACACUGCGACGCUCCUAAAUUCCAACAGUUUGUGUUUCUGGUCAGUGAAGUUGUUUUUUUUUCAAUUGGACGCAAAUGGAUCCAAACGAUGCCAGCCUAACCUGCGUGACAACCGUUGAGUGGCUGAACGCCACGGGAACGACAAUCAAAAAGGUUUCCUACAAGCAGGCGACGCUCCGAUUGGUUCGGAAUACAUUACAGGAGUUGUUUCUGGAGAUUGCGGGCGAGAAAGCACAACCAAUCAAACUGAAGUUAAAAGGAAUCAAUGUCCACUCUAAAUUCAUGGCCGAGGGAAAGGCUUCAAUCCGUUUCAACGAGGAAAAAUGCACUAUGUUUCUGUCCAAUGCGCCCCCGGGACUGCUGGUUCAGUUCUUGAAGGUGAUUUUUGUGAAAGUUACCGGACAGUCAUCGAAUGCGGAAUCGAAGCAGGAAAUGCUAAAGAAAACACGUGCCCAUUUGCUCUCGGGCAAGGCCAAUCAAUUCGAUGACGUCAGUCCAAUCACUAAUGCCGAGUUGGCGCGCGCUAGAAAACUAGCAAUUGGGUCCGGCUCCGUAACGACACCAUCCCCACCGCAGAAGCGCAAGCGUUUGUCCGGGGAAGCGGAUCGGCCACCACCGAAGAAGCUAUAUGCGCCCUCUGCCAGUUUGGAGCCGGAGGUGUUGAACGAAGAACAAAAGAUGGUCCUGAAUGCAUGCAAGUCGGGCAGGAGCGUGUUCUUCACCGGAUCCGCUGGGACCGGGAAAAGCUAUUUGCUGCGGAAAAUAAUUUCGACACUUCCGCCGGACGGAACCGUUGCAACAGCCUCCACGGGAGUGGCAGCUUGUUUGAUUGGUGGUACAACUUUACAUUCGUUUGCCGGCAUCGGAGGUGGAGAAGCUGAAUUGCAGCGUUGCUACGAGAUGGCCGCGCGGCCCAAUUCCAGCCAAAUUUGGCGAAAAUGUAAGCGACUGAUUAUUGACGAAAUUUCUAUGGUGGAUGGAGAUUAUUUUGAGAAAAUUGAGGCUGUGGCCAGAUACGUCCGAAAAUCGGAUAAACCAUUCGGGGGAAUCCAGCUGAUCCUAUGCGGUGACUUCUUUCAGUUACCUCCAGUUGUGAAGAUCGAUAGAUUCGCUCGUGGGGUGAAUUCACAGGACAACGAUAAAGGUGUCCGCUUUUGCUUCCAAACCAAGGCCUGGAAGGAAUGUGUACAAAGCAUGUACGAACUAACCGUUGUUCAUCGACAGAAGGAUCCGGAGUUUAUCGCUCUAUUGAACAGUAUUAGAAUUGGUCGCGUGACGCCGGAAAUUCGAGACCGGUUGACGUUGACCUCCAAGCAGAAAAUUGAGACUGAAGGUAUUCUGGCGACGCAGCUGUGUUCGCACACCAAUGACGCCGAUGUGAUCAACCAAUCGAAGCUUAACAAUUUAACUGGAGAGGAAAACACUUUUUACGCAACGGAUAGUGACAUUCACGCGACGAAGGUUUUAGACAAGCAGGUUCAAGCCCCCGGGAAGCUUGUUCUAAAGACGGGUGCGCAGGUUAUGUUGCUUAAGAAUCUCAAUAUAGCGGAAGGAUUAGUCAACGGUGCUCGUGGCGUUGUGAUAAACUACGUUCAGGGUUAUCCGUUGGUGAAGUUCAAGAAGCGCGAAUUGCUGGUAAAACCAGAGACAUGGGCCAUAAAAUCCGCCGGCGGUGUGAUCUGGACCCGCUCCCAGCUACCGUUGAAACUUGCCUGGGCUUUCUCGAUCCAUAAAUCCCAAGGACUCACGCUCGAUUGCGUUGAAAUGUCUCUGUCGAAGGUUUUCGAAGCGGGUCAAGCGUAUGUGGCACUGAGUAGGGCACAAAGCUUGGAUAGUGUUCGGAUUUUAGAUUUCGAUGGAAAGCAAGUUUGGGCCAAUCCCAAGGUGUUGGAGUUCUAUCGGGACUUGCGACGUCAGAUUCGUGAUCGGGACGCGAUGGCUCCUGUGGCAGUUCGGAAGACUGCGGGAGGAAUGAAAAAAUCACUCUCCGCUAUGGGCCUAACGAAGUCUAUGAUGAGUAAACCGUUGGUAACGAUCAACUAAGUGAUACAAUUUUAUCUCACCCACCAUCUUUCCAUUAAACAAUACAUAUAUGCAAUGACUUAGUAAAAUUCAUGCUUUCGCGGCAAUAUAGAAUAAAAUUAACUUAAUACAAUAACAAAAUGUCAUAUAAAAUAAAUAUAUAUAUAUUACAAGGAAA